GCAAGAGCUCUCGGUUCACAAAACACCACAGGAAACAAAUCCCGCCCUAUUACAGAGUACUGUCUUUUUAAUUGAAGGGAUCUUAACUACUCUGUACACUCACUUAUAUCAGCCAUGUUCAGACUGCUUAGAUUCCAGGCUCGAACCCUGCUCCGAGCUACUUGCAGAUACAAUUCCACUGCGCCUACUUCACCACCUCUACUCGCAAAGCUGAGAGCAGAUUUGAAAACUGCUAUGAAGGCUAGAGAUACUGUUAGGCUUGAUGUGCUGCGUGCCGUGAUCUCAGAGAUCAACAAUGCUGCCAAAACAUCCUCGCCGAUCCAGACUGACCUCCAACUCCUCGCAUUGAUCCGCAAGCGCUCGUCUUCUCUUGAAUCCUCCAGCCAGGAGUAUGUGAACGCUGGCCGGCACGACUUGAAAGAGAGAAACGACACAGAAAUCAGUGUACUUAACGAAUACGCCGGACAAGUACAGACUACGACCAUAGAAGAGAUAGAAUCUGCAGUCACUCAAACGAUAGAGAAUCUCCGGAGUGAGGGAAAGAAGGUCGAUAUCGGGGCUAUUAUGAAGGCCGCUUUUGCGCCAGGUGGACCGUUGAACGGAAAGCCAGCUGAAAAAGGAGUGGUAUCCAAAAUCGCCGCCAAAUCGAUUUCAACUGCAUAAAUAAACUGGCCCGAAUUAGCCCGAUUUAUUGUUGGAGAUUCCGGGCCGGUGAAUGAUUUUGCGGGUUGCAUGAAGUAUCGAAGCCAUGGAGCACGGAGCAACACCAAUCGACAUGGAGCCCGUGAAUAGCACAAUUGACAGAUCGCGCUCAGGCGUCUGUUAUGUACUAUAUGAACACUGUAAAUUUAACGAAGACACAUCUCCUA